CAUCAGAAUUUGUAUGAACAUCUGUAGAUAUAAAACGUUAAUUAACAUAAUAAUGAGAAUGGAAAACCUGGUUGAACUGGAUCAUACUUACAGCCAUCAUUGGUCAGAAUCAUAUAAAACUAAUCACAAUCAUGCAAAACCUAUCCACUGGCUUUUAUCAUCCUGCAGACAAGGAAAACUAGCCAAGGGAUCAAGACUGAGAAGUCAACAUAUGAAUGCUUCAGCAAAUAGUACAAGCACUGAUGGAUCAGAUGAUGAGAUUGAUGUCGAAUCAUUAGAUGAGGUGAUGGAACCAUAUGUAUCUGGAAGAUCUUACGAUGUUCAUCGAGCAAAAUUGAAUAUGAACGAGACUGAGAGAUUCACAACUCACAAUUUGCUGUCAGGAAAACUAUCAGGGGCGAAUAUGAGAUCUGAUAUUGACUGGGAAGAAUAUAUAAAUAAAACAUCUUGGAGUAUGCAACAAACAAGACUUUAUACAAAGGUUGUAAAAUUAUUAGAAGAUGAAAAACUGGCGAGAUUAGCAUUCAAGGGGGUGAAUAAUGAGCCGAUUGCUAGGCGUCUCUCACUUGAUCGUUCUGCUGCCUGCUUGAGAAGAAUUUUGGCCGAGUUUUCAUGGGAACAGAAACUUACUCAAUGGCUUCAUUACAUUCUUAUCAAUAGAUUACCAGCAUCAAUGUUGGCCUCUUAUCUUGAUCUUAUUCAGACGUUACGAUCGAAGGUUCCAACAUUAGUUGAACGUAUGAUUGCUCAAUCUGUAAAUGACGCAGCAAAUGGUUCCAUGAACUGUUUAGAGAUAUUAUUGAAAAGACCAUGGGAACCAAUGUUGCUGAAACACUCGCAAAAUACAAAACAGAAAUCAUAUGAUUUACCGAUUAUAUUGGUUGUUCCUAACUCACCAUAUGUUCCAUCACCUACAAUGUCACAUCGAAAAAGAUUCUGGAACUCUCAUCUUGGACAAGUGGGAAAGGUUGUGAUGAUUGCUGGACCAGAAAAAGUGAAAGACAUGACCAUACUUGCAUAUAUAGAACAACUUUCUACAAUUGUGCGAACAAGAAUAAACUUAUAUCAUACCAAGUAUCCUGACAAACCUAUUAUCCUUGCUGGCUGGCAUACUGCAACCAUUUUAAACUGCCAUAUUGCAUUGGUUGAAAAAUUAUCUGCCAUAAUAUGUUUUGGAUUUCCAAUGCAGACUUUGAAUGGAUCACGAGGAACAGUGGAUGAUGUUUUUUGCGAUUUAAAUACUCCAAUAUUAUUCGUUGUUGGCGAGGAAGCUGACUCAUGUGAUAUUGAUCAAAUUGAAGAUUUUCGUGAGAAACUACUCACUCAUUGUCAGAGUAAUUUACUCGCUGUACCUGGUGCUGAUGACGCAUUGAGGGUUUCAGAUAAAGUCAAGAAGACUGCAUGUGUUACACAGACAAUGGUCGAUAAGAUGAUACUACACUACAUUGAAGACUUUUUGUCAGAUACCUUGAUAAAGAAUGAAGUUGAGACAUGGACGAUUACAGAAUCAAGUUUAAGUGAAAAUUUCUAUCAAAGACAAAGAUCAGAAGGUAAAAGAAAACGGGAUUAUAAAGAUAAUAAUUUGUCGGAAAUAAAACGCAGAAGGCUUUCAUCAUCGACAACUGCAAAAAUAUCUGAAAUUCUCUCCGGUCAAUCAUCAGCGAAAGGAAAACAUGGUACCAAGACCCCAGUUCAAGGAGUUACCUUCAAUCUACAAACUGGAUCGAUGAGUGGUCUUGCAACAGUUCCAACAGUGCUAGGAAGGUCACUUUCAAAAAACAAUGAUUCUUUAACGAAUAUGGGAUCAAAACUUGGAAAAGUUUCGCAGAAAAACAAAAAUCAACAGAGAAGCAUCACUAUUGAUUUAACUAAGGAUGACACAUCACAGAGAGUAAAAUCUAGAAAGAUCGGAACAACUCCAGAUCCGUCACUAUUGGCAACAGAAAGUCAAACAGAAGCAGCUGUUGCUACCAUAUUAGGUGGAAGUUUUUCAGAGCCAAAGGUACCAGUAUCAUCUGUUCCUGCCUCCAGCCAGACAUCAAUCAAUACAGAUACUUCAACAAUUUCUACAGCUAAUUCUUCUGAUCUCGCAGGGUCACACACAGGUAACGUUUCCACUGCUGCUGUAACAACAUUGCCAACAAUUUCGAAUACCACAACAUCGUUAGCAACAGCUGGUUUCCAACAAACAGCCAGACUGAAGUCAGCUUAUUCAAAUGUCAGAUUCAACAGCACUGUCUUACCAAAACAACCAGCUGAUAUAAUUGGACAAUCAGCAGCCAGUCAAAAACAAUGGAGUGGAAUUUCAAGUACAAAUAUUGCAACUCCUAAUCCUGGUGUAAGCAAGACUGGAUUGUAUAAGAAAUAUCCAUAUUUAGCCUCCCAUACUCCUGUUUCCUCAGCAACACAACAAUCUCACAUUGCGUCAAGAAGUAGAAAAGAUGAACGAGAAACAAUGCAGGCUACUGCGUUUUUGGAACAGCUGACAAGCGGAGAUGAUGUUCAUCAGUCAUCUUCUUCAAUCUUAAGCGGACUCGCCGAAACAAUGUCUUCUCGUCGUCACAGUUAUGAUUCAACACAUCUACUGGAUCGCAAUCUUGCUGGAAGCGGACGGGGCCGUGUUCGAACACGCGGCGGAUCUUCUCAGGGUGCUAAUCCGAGAGUGGUACCUGCUAAACGCCGAAAAACGAUUAACGAAGAACGUCCUAAUCCGACAACGUAUUACCAACAGAAAGUGAGACCACAGAGUCAGCUGGUGAAACAAGAAUCUUACGUUAGGUACGUGAUGACGCCAGACAUGAGUACGAUGUUGAGUAACGCAGCCGCAAAAGCUGCUGCAUCCAGUAAUAUCAGAGGUUUUACAAAGCCUGCUACAGCGAAGCAAGUGACACUAUUACCGGACAGCAAGCCGAAGCCUCACGUAGCGUCGAUAACAACGACAAAACCAGCGUUGUUACCAGUUUACACUUUUCACCAGCCUCAUUCCAGUAUUACUGUCUCUCCAAGAAUACAACAUCUUGCUCAAUCAACAAAAACUACCAAAGUUACAGGAGUUACUCAGUCGAAGCCAUCGGGAGUCUUAUCACAGAUUUCAGAAAUGAAGAAAUCGCCAAAAGUAUUCCUCAGUCAGCGAGUGCCGGUGAAGUUUCCUGGAGCAGCGCCCGGGUCUAGCUAUACAUUUGUCACUAUUCCUGCUCUCGUAGGCACACCCGUUCUCCAAGCUGGACACAAAACAUCUCAAACCUCUGUAAGAAGGGUUAGCACAAGUCUGCCACCGAAGCAAACAGCCACCAAAGUCGUCGAAAAAUCUGUGAAAUACACUGUUUUACCGAAAAGUGAGAUUGAUAUCUCACCAUCACCAAAUACGUCGCCAACUGUCAGCGCAAAUACUCGUCUCAAAGCUUCUGUAUCACUGAGAGAAAAGGCUUUAGCGAGAGGACCCGACACGACCAAGCUUUCUGCGUCCAACACGACGCCGAGUCCCAAAGUUACAUCUUCGAUUCCUGUAUUCGCUUCGCCAUCUGUGGUGCUGCAAAAACUCUCUACCGACACAGUCACAGAUCUCGACAAGGACUCGAAGCCGAAAAAAUGAAUUUGUAGUUGAACAAUAUGACAAUAAUAAUAUUGUUGAAAUGUUAAAACGCCAUACCAAACUUAAGUUUUCAGCCUUGUGAUCUGCGUCAGGCCCGAAAUCUUUCUUGAUUUUAAGUAUCACCAGACGAAAUUGCAAUACUAUUCAAAAGCGUAAUCAAGGCUUAUGAUUCCUAAUUCAAGUAAAACUUGUUAGGUGUUGUUUUUGCCAGUUUCUUCUCUGUUUACUUCUCUCAUUUAUACUGCCAGAAAGAGUACACAGUGUUUGAUAUUUUUUUGUUGUACUGGAUGACUUACUGUAUCUACCAAAGGUUCAGAUUUAUUCGCAGACGACAGAUAGAUUCUGGGAUGUUGCGUAACGGAUAAAAUAUACCCGAUCGAGAAAAUGCCAUAUUAUCUGUUUUGCAAUGUUUGUGCUACAUGAUUAUAUCCUCAAAUUCAGAUUGUUUUAAUUAAACAAACAUAGUACAUGGGUCCCCAAAGUUGUGUGCAUUUCGACUUUUCAAUGAGUACAUUGAUGUUAAUAAUUUGAAGGCCUUAGUUCAGCAAAUCUCCACCUCGGUAGUUGAAGCUUUGACAAAAACUACAGUAAAUACCGAGGGUACAUCUG